CUGCUUCCGGCUGGUGCCCCCGGGGGAGGCCCACCCUGAGGCGACUUCAGGGGUGCCACAUUCUCUACGUGCUCGGAGUUAAUAGCACCUCCUCCAAGCACUCGCGAACGGCACCCCCCUGCCUGGAAAGAUACCGCGAUCCCUCCAGAGGAGUUGAGGGACAGAGUCCGAGGGGGCUCUUCCGCCAGCACCGGAGGAACAAAGAGGAGGGGCUGGCUGGUCACCAGAGGGUGGGGCGGCCGCGUGCACUUGGCCGCUGCGGAGAGUGGGAGAGCAGGGAGCGAGCAGCCGGGAGCAGCAUGGAGCCUUCGGCGAACUGGCUGGCCACGGCUGCGGCCCGGGGUCGGGUAGAGGAGGUGCGGGCGCUGCUCGAGGCGGGGGCGCUGCCCAACGCACCGAAUAGUUACGGUCGGAGGCCGAUCCAGGUCAUGAUGAUGGGCAGCGCCCGCGUGGCGGAGCUGCUGCUGCUCCACGGCGCAGAGCCCAACUGCGCCGACCCCGCCACUCUCACCCGACCCGUGCACGACGCUGCCCGGGAGGGCUUCCUGGACACGCUGGCGGUGCUGCACCGGGCUGGGGCGCGGCUGGACGUACACGAUGCCUGGGGCCGUCUGCCCGUGGACCUGGCUGAGGAGCAGGGCCAUCGCGAUGUCGCACGGUACCUGCGCGAGGCUGCGGGGGGCACCAGAGGCAGUAGCCAUGCCCGCAUAGAUGCCGCGGAAGGUCCCUCAGGCAUCCCCGAUUGAAAGAUCUACCGAGGCUCUGAGACACCUCCGGAAACUUAGAUCAUCAAUCACCGAAGGUCCUACAGGGCUACAACUGCCCCCACCACAACCCACCCCGCUUUCGUAGUUUUAAUUUAGAAAAUAGAGCUUUUAAAAAUGACCUGCCUUUUGAAGUAGAUAUACGCCUUCCCCCACUACCGUAAAUUUCCAUUUGUGUCAUCUUUUAUAUAUUGUUAUAAAAAUGUAAAAAAGAAAAACACCGCUUCUGCCUUUUCACUGUGUUGGAGUUUUCGGGAGUGAGUACUCACGUCCUAAGCGCACAUUUAUGUGAGCACUUCUUGCGAGCCUCCCAGCCUGAGGAAGCUGUCGACAUCAUUACAGGCUUUUGUGAACUAGGCAAGCUCAGAGGGGUUACUGGCUUCUCUUGAGUCACAUUGCUAGCAAAUGGCAGAACCAAAGCUCAAAUAAAAAUAAAAUAAUUUUCAUUCA